AGUUAAAACUACCUCCCACGUUGCUGCAACGUUACUGCAGGACGAGUAGGACGGGCACAGACUGAAAACUGGGAAGCGAGUUCAGCAGCAGCACAGCGUGUCUAUUCUUCACUGCCGUCAUGACUGAAUCCUUUCAAAAGGCAGCAGAGGAGGUGAAGGUGCUGAAGGAAAAGCCAAACAAUGAAGAAAUGAGCGAACUAUACGGUUUAUAUAAACAAGGCACCGCUGGUGAUGUCAACAUAGCGCGUCCAGGAUUCCUUGACUUCACGGGACGAGUGAAAUGGGAUGCAUGGAACGCAAAGAAAGGUCAAUCCAAAGAUGAAGCAAAGGCGGCCUAUGUUAAUUUGGUGGAGAAGCUGAAGGAAAAAUAUGGAAUCUAGAGUCUCUUGGUCAGCAUUUUUGGGAAACAUGCAAAUUGAUUUCUUGCCAAAAGCAUCUUUUCAUGUCUGUAUGCUAAUUAUGAAGCUGCAGCUUAGCAUGUAGAGUGGAAGCAGGGAGGAAAUCACUAAGCAGCCUAAUGGUAAAGCAGUGUGUUUGUGAAGAUGUCAAACUAAGAGCAAAUACAAUGUACAAUAUCUUCUAACAGUUUUAAUACAAAGCUCUUAAGCACAGGAUUGGUUAUCAAAAAUAAAGACCUGUUUUUUGGGGACCUCAAA